CGAAAACUUUGGUCUCGGGUCAAUGUCUGUUCCUUGCUUUUAGACGAAAUGACGACAAACGCACGACGGAAUACACUAAUGCAAUGAGAAACACGACAACCCGGAUUCACCUAACUUUCCCCAUCAUCUACCCGUGAUCUCGCCGCGCUCGAAUCUGCGAACCCUCCCUCUGCCAUCCCCGGUUCGGCACGCCAGCGCAGCGCGUUCCUUCCCGCCUCCGCAAGACCGUGUCUCGUCUCUGCGGCCGCAUCCCCGCCAGCUACACCCUCAGGCAGAGAGGACAAAGGGGCCGUGCCCGUAGCAGGAAGGCUUCUCGUCGGAGAGAGGUGGCCACGUCGCCCAAGCACGCUAGCGGCCCAGGAUGCCGACCGUCAACACGCCGGGGCUCAGCCUCCAGCGGAUCUACUCGUACGUCAACCGGCUGCCGCUGUUCACGCGGCUGGUCGUGGCGGCGAUAGUCCUGUUCGAGGCCGCGGCGAUCUUGCUCGGGAACUGGUGGGAUGUGCGGGCGUGGGGCGCGCUGGCGCCGGAUGAGUUGGGGUUUGGGUCGUUAUAUCGGACGAAUACCUACCCGCUCAUACACACCGACAUGUUCCAUUUGAUUGUCAAUUUGGUGUCUGUCACUCCGAUGCUGGACAUGUUUGAGCGCGAGCAUGGCACGCUUACGACGCUGGCGUUGUUUAUCGGCCCAUUGUCGACCUUGCCGGCUCUCUUGUACGUCGGAGCCGAGAAGUAUGUGUUGGGGUUGCAUUCACCCGUCAUGGGAGCUAGCAUCUGGGCCUUCCUGCUGGCUGCCAUCGAGGCCGUCCGCAUGCAUCGGGUCCACCCCUACUUCGUCAUCGCCGGGCAAAGCUUCCCAGUCUGGGCGACUCCGCUUGCGGCUCUGGUAGUCACGAUGGUGUUGUGGCCCAAGACAAGUGCGCUGGGGCAUCUGUGUGGGCUAGCAGUCGGGUAUAUCUGUGGACUGGGGCUCCUCAAGUACCUGGCACCGCCGGAAAAGGUGCUGCGUUGGAUCGAGGGGAGGCUCAACCUUCUGGGCAGGCUGCCGCACUACGUGAGUGUGGACCAGAAGACGCACGGGCGGUUCGGCGUGUUACCCAUGUCGAAUCUGGGAGCAACACCGGUGCUGAUCAAUGCUGCGACAGCCAGCGCGCUGCAGCUGCGGCGCGACCCGCGGAUCCUGAAGCUGCCGCCGUACCUGUCGCUGCUCUGCAUCGUCGUCGGCGUCGCCUGGCUCUUGCUCCUCCCGCUCGACCAGUACUCGCGGAGGACCUAUAUUUCGGAGAACGCCCUGCUGCCCGGCCAGGUGCACACGUACUUUAGCGGCAGCGACCAAAAUGUGUUUCGGGCCUACAAACACGAGGUGAAUGCGCUGGUGGGCAAGAGCAACGCCGAGAUCAACGACAAGCUCGAACCCAUCGUCAAGGGUCUUGGCCUCAAGACGGCCCGGCAAAACUUCACGUACCAUGCCGCCGGACACACCUACGCGGGCGAGAACCUCUACGCGAUCCUGCAGGCGCCGCGGGGCGACGCGACCGAGGCCAUCGUGCUGGUGGCCGCCUGGGAGAACGUCAAGCACGAGAUAAACCGCAACGGCGUCCCGCUCGCCCUGACCCUGCUGCGCUACUUCAAGCGCUGGUCGCUGUGGUCCAAGGACAUCAUCUUGGUGCUGACGCCGGACAGCAUUGCCGGCCCGCAGGCCUGGGUUGAUGCCUACCACGACGCCCACGAUCCGUCCCGCGUUGCCAGCCUGCCGCUCAAAGCCGGCUUGCUGCAGGGCGCGAUCGCCAUCGACUACGCGCAGGAGAGCCGCUUCGACAGCGUCCACAUCGUCUACGACGGCGUCAACGGCCAGCUGCCCAACCUGGAUCUGAUCAACUCGGUCGUGCACAUCGCCGGCGGCCAGAUGGGCAUUGGCGUUGCGCUGCAGGAGAUGUGGCGGCAUGACAAUGGAUACUCGGACCGGCUGCGCACCAUGCUGCGCGGCAUGCUGAAGCAGGGGCUCGGCCUGCCCAGCGGGCCCCACAGCAGCUUCAUCCCGUACCACGUCGACGCGGUGACACUGCAGCCAUUUGGCGAGGGCUGGCAGGAUGAGAUGGCCAUGGGCCGCGUCAUCGAGGGCACUUUCCGGAGUCUCAACAACCUGCUGGAGCACCUGCACCAGAGCUUCUUCUUCUACCUGAUCAUGCACCGCGAGCGCUUCGUCAGCAUCGGCACCUACCUGCCCAGCGCGAUGCUGGUGGCCGCCAACUUCACCAUCAUGGCCAUAGCUCUCUGGGUGAAAAGUGGCCAGGCGCCCGAGGCGGCGGCGUCGAAAUCAAAGGCCGACACCACCACAACUCCCCCUCCCACUCCCACCGUGGAGCGCGACCUCUUCUUGCCGCUAGGCGUGGUCGCCCUGAUCCAGUCGCUGUCCAUCGUCCCGCUCUACCUCUUCAACCACGCCCCAGAAAGCAUCCUCACCCCGCUCUUCAUAGCCUUCACGCUCAUCAACACCGCCCUGCCCUCCGUCCUCUCCCACCUCCUCACCCAAACCUACGCCCCGACCGCGCAGCAGUACCAGCUCGUCAAGUCCUUCUCCCUGCUCCUGCUCGGCAUGUUCCUCUCCUCGCUCGCGACCCUCAACUUCUCGCUGGCCCUGCUCACCGGCCUGCUCGCGGCACCGCUGUCCUUCGCCGGGCCCUGCCGCAGCCGCCGCACCACCACCUGCCGCGCCGCCGCAGCCGUGCUGCUCCACGCCCUCGGCCCGCCCGCCGUGCUGCUCGCCGCCGCCGCCUACUCGCGCGCCGGCGUCGCCGCCGUGCUGCGCGAGGCCGCCGUCGGCUGGCACGUCUGCGGCACUUACUCGCCGCUGGUCGUGUGGUGCGUGUGGUGGCCUGCCUGGUUGGCGACGAGCGUGGUUGUGCUUGGGAAGGGGGAGGACGGCGACGGCGAUGGGGAGGGGAAGGGGAAUGGGAAGGGGAAUGGGAAGGGGAAUGGGAAGGGGAAUGGGAAGGUCAAGACUACCUGAGGGAAUAGAGAGGGAUUUCACUUGGUUUGAAUUUUUGCGGUUAAAUAAUGGAGCUCGGAGAGUUUACUUUGGCGUGCCUGGGUUUUCAAACGAGGGAUGAGUACGCACGCAGGACAAAGCGAAGGGGGAAUUGAUACCCGUUACACU